AUGGCAGAAUCCCACCCAGUUGAUGCCCCACUACAGGCACAAGAUGCGCAAUUAGAAUCCGAGUCUGAAAAUGAAGAACAAGUUCAAGAUCAACAAGCAGAUGCCGGCGAAGGCUCAACUACCUCCAAACCCAAGAAAAAAAAGAAGAAGUCCAAGAAGUCUAAAAUCGUCAAUGCGCUCACAGGCAAACAGGAGGACAAAUCUUCUGAACCCGCCGAGAGUUCCACCUCCAAAUCUGGUCCCAAGUUGGAUGAGGCUACCAUGAAGACAUUGUUGGACGUGAACCCUGCACUGAAGGGUGAAUUGGCCGGUCUACCACCUGAGAAAGCACAGGAAGUGUUGAAGAAGUUAAAUGUGUCUGAUCUUCUCACUGGUCUCACAAUCAAUGGCAAGAAUCAGAAAGACAUGGCUUCCUACAAGUUUUGGUCGACACAACCUGUGCUUCGCUUUGAUGAAAAGCCCGACGCCGAGAAACCAGACGGUCCCAUCAAGCCUGUUAUUCCCGAAUUGGUCCCCAAAGACGCUGCACCUCUCCCAGAGGGAUAUGAAUGGGUGGAGAUAGAUUUGAACAAUGAGGUCGAAGUCAAAGAAGUCUACAAUCUUCUCUCCCAACACUACGUCGAGGACGAUCAUGCCAUGUUCCGCUUCAACUAUUCUGCUGUCUUUUUAGAUUGGGCUUUGAAAUCUCCUGAGUACAAGAAGAGCUGGCAUAUUGGUGUCCGUGCAAAGGGAGCCAGCCGAGUACUUGUGGCUACCAUCUUCGGUAUACCUAUCAAGUUGAAGAUACGUGAGAAUGUCUUGGAUGUUGUUGAAAUCAACUUCAUGUGUGUUCACAAAAAGUUGAGGUCGAAACGAUUGGCACCUGUUCUCAUCAAGGAAGUCACCAGGAGAUGUCAUUUGGUCGGUGUUUACCAAGCGAUCUACACUGGUGGUGCGAUCCUACCCACUCCAGUAGGAAGUGCUCGAUAUUAUCAUCGAAGUCUUGACUGGUUGAAACUGUACGAGGUUGGAUUCUCUCCCUUACCACCAAACAGCACACAGGCGAAAAUGGUCGUUCGAAAUCAAUUACCGACAACCACCAGCACGCCAGGACUUCGAGUCAUGCAGGAAAAGGAUAUUGACGGCGUCCACGACCUUCUCACACGAUAUCUCCAACGGUUUGAACUUACGCAAGAGUUUUCCAAAGAUGAAAUCAAGCAUUGGUUUCUCAACACCCAGAAACCUGAGGAUCAAGUGGUCUGGUCAUUUGUGGUUGAAGGAGAAGGUGGUAAGAUCACGGAUUUCGGUAGCUUCUACUGUUUGGAGAGCAGCGUCAUUGGAGACAUGAGCAAGAAACACCCCAACAUCCGCGCCGCCUACCUCUACUACUACGCAACGGAACACGCCAUGAAUCCCAAGGAAAAAGGCUUGAAGGAGAGGCUGCUGGUACUGAUCAAUGAUUUACUCAUCGAGGCGAAGAAGGCCAAAUUCGACGUCUUCAAUGCUCUAACCCUCCACGACAACCCGUUAUUCCUGGAACAGUUGAAAUUUGGCGCAGGAGACGGCUCGCUCCAUCACUACCUGUACAAUUGGCGCACGAAGCCCAUCAACGCUGGGGUGGAUGCGAAGAAUCGGCCGGACGAGUCCAAGAGAGGUGGCAUUGGCAUCGUCCUCCUGUGA